AUAUAGAACAAGAACAGGCACAACAUGCCAAAGUAUUGGACAGAAAAUGAAGUCAGGCAAUAAUAUGGGUCCAUUCACAAAAUAUGAAAAAAAAAAUUCUUUGGUUCUACAUGGUAUUUCUUUAUGUUUCUUUAGUUAUCCGGUUCUCCAAUUAUUAAUGCUGAGCACAGAUAAAUUAAGCAACAAAUUAUGAUUUCUUUAAUACAAACUUGCCAAAGAUGCCUAUAAAAUGGUCCACCACUCCCAAAACCCCAAAAAAACAAACAGAAGAAACCUAAUGAGCCUUGUCACUUCGCUCUAUUUCCUCUCAAUUUUCCCUUUGUUGACAUCUGCAACAUUAUUAUUCCAGGGGUUCAAUUGGGAAUCAUGUAAUAAGGAAGGAGGAUGGUACAACUCACUCAAGAAUUCCAUUCCUGAUCUGGUUAAUGCAGGAAUUACCCAUGUCUGGCUUCCUCCACCCUCUCAGUCAGUUUCAUGUGAAGGAUACAUGCCAGGGAGACUGUAUGAUCUGAAAGCGUCAAAAUAUGGAACCCAGGAUGAACUGAAAUCGCUAAUUCAAGCAUUCCACCAGAAGGGAAUUAAUUGCCUGGCUGAUAUAGUGAUAAAUCAUAGAACUGCUGAGAAGCAAGAUAACAGGGGAAUAUGGUGUAUCUUUGAAGGUGGAACUUCUGAUGAUCGCCUUGAUUGGGGACCAUCCUUCAUUUGUAGUGAUGACACUGCCUAUUCUGAUGGCAAAGGAAAUCCUGAUACAGGCGAUGACUUUGCACCUGCACCUGAUAUUGACCAUCUCAACCUGAGAGUUCAGAAAGAGUUAUCAGAUUGGAUGAAUUGGUUAAAUUCUGAAAUUGGAUUUGAUGGAUGGCGAUUUGAUUUUGUAAAGGGAUAUGCUCCUAGUAUUACCAAGAUUUACAUGGAAAAAACUUCUCCAAAUUUUGCAGUCGGUGAAAAAUGGGAUUCUCUUGCUUAUGGGCAGGAUGGAAAGCCUGAUGCUAACCAGGAUGCCCACCGUGGUGCAUUAAAAUAUUGGAUUCAAGCUGCUGGUGGUAUUACCACAGCAUUUGAUUUCACAACAAAAGGGAUCCUUCAAGCUGCUGUGCAAGGAGAGUUGUGGAGAUUGAAGGACUCGAAUGGAAAGCCACCAGGUUUAAUUGGCAUAUUGCCUCAAAAUGCAGCGACUUUUAUCGACAAUCAUGACACUGGAUCCACUCAACGUCUGUGGCCAUUUCCAUCAGACAAAGUCAUGCAGGGAUAUGCAUACAUUCUUACCCAUCCUGGAAUCCCAUCCAUAUUUUAUGAUCACUUCUUCGACUGGGGGCUAAAGGAACAAAUUAGUAAAUUGGCAUCAAUCAGGAAGACUUACGGGAUCCAUGACAGAAGCACAGUGAAAAUUUUGGCUUCCCAAUCUGAUCUCUAUAUGGCGACGAUUAAUGAUAACAUCAUCAUGAAGAUUGGACCAAAGAUGGAUCUUGGUAACCUUCUUCCCCAAGACGUCCAGCUUGCUACAUCAGGAGAAAGCUACGCUGUGUGGAUAACAAAGCCGAAACAUAGCAUGAACUUGGCCUCCUCCAUCGCUCUCCCUUCAAAACCCGGUCUCUCACUCGUCCAUUCGCUACUCAAAUCUUGCAUUGAAGCCAGAAACCAAAAAUCAGUAUUGCUUCUUUUUCGCCAGUUUUUACAAUCUAAUGUGAAACCCAAUGACCUCACUUUCUCUUUACUUCUUAAAUCUUCUGCUACUUCAUCUUUACUAGCUUCAAAUCCACUAAAUUCAAAAUCUGAAGCCUUUCAAAUCCAUACCCACUUGAUAAAAUCGGGUUUCGACCAGUUUGUCUAUGUAAGUACUGCCCUUCUUGAUUUGUACAUGAAAUUGGGGUGCAUAAACCACGCGCAUAACGUCUUUGAUUGUAUGCCUGAUAGAGAUAUUGUUUCUUGGAAUGCCUUAAUUUGUGGGUAUUCGCGAAAUGGGUGUGAUUUUUUUGCCUUGGAGCUUUUUGUUAAGAUGCUUAGAGAGGAUUUUUUCCCUCGUCAAACUACAUUAGUUGGUUUGGUUCCAUCUUGUGGGCAACGCGAAUUGGUGUUUCAAGGAAAGUCUAUUCAUGGGUUUGGGAUUCAGUGUGGCCUUGAUUUGGAUUCUCAGGUGAAAAAUGCACUUACUUCGAUGUAUGCUAAAUGCGGAGAUUUGGAAUCUGCAGAACUUCUGUUUGAAGAAAUGGUAGACAAAAGUGUAGUUUCUUGGAACACCAUGUUAAGUGGCUAUGGACAAAAUGGUUUCUUUGACAAGGCAAUGCUUGUGUUCAAAGAAAUGAUAGAGGCACGUGUGGAAGUCAAUCCAGUUACCAUUAUGAGUCUUCUGUCAGCAAAUGCUAAUCCAGAAUCUACACAUUGUUAUACCAUGAAAGUGGGUAUUGUCAAUGACGCAUCAGUAAUUACUUCAUUAGUUUGUAGGUAUGCAAGAUGUGGAAGCAGGGAAUCAGCAGAGCUGCUUUACUGGUCCUUGCCGCAGAAAAACUUGGUUUCUUUAACUGCAAUUAUUUCAAGCUAUGCUGAGACAGGAAAUAUGAAUUGGGUUGUGGAGUGUUUUACUCGGAUGCAGCAGCUAGACAUGAAACUAGAUUCUGUUGCUAUGAUUAGUAUCCUUCAUGGGAUUCCUGACCCUGGUCAUAUGAGCAUUGGGCUUGCUUUUCAUGGUUAUUCAUUAAAGAGCGGAUUGGACAUCCAUAAUUUGGUUGCAAAUGGGCUAAUUAGCAUGUAUUCCAAGUUCAACAACGUAGAAGCUCUAUUCUCUUUGUUUUCUGAAAUGCAUGAAAAACCAUUAAUCAGUUGGAAUUCAGUGAUAUCUGGCUGUGUACAAGCUGGAAGAGCAAGUGAUGCCAUAGAGUUUUUCUGUCAAAUGAAGAUGUAUGGACACAAUCCAGAUGCUGUCACUGUUGCUAGUUUACUGUCUGGUUGUUCUGAACUUGGAUACUUGCAGUUUGGUAAGAGACUUCACAACUACAUUCUUAGGAACAAAUUGGAAUUGGAAGACUUUGUUGGAACUGCUCUUAUAGACAUGUAUACCAAGUGUGGAAACAUAGUUCAAGCAGAAAGGGUAUUCAAGAGCAUCAAUGAACCAUGUCUAGCUACAUGGAAUGCAAUGAUCUCAGGCUAUAGUUUGUGUGGCUUUGAACAUAAGGCUCUAACUUCUUACUCUGACAUGAGAGAGCAAGGGGUAGAACCUGAUAAGAUUACUUUUUUAGGAGUUUUAGCUGCUUGCACCCAUGGGGGUCUUGUUCAUGAAGGAAGAAGGUACUUCCAGAUAAUGACUAAAGAGUUUGGUAUGGUACCAACUUUGCAACACUCUGCUUGCAUGGUUGGUCUCCUUGCUCGUGCAGGUUUAUUUGAGGAAGCAUUGUUGUUUAUCAAGGGUAUGGAGACAGAACCUGAUUCUGCUGUGUGGGGUGCUUUGCUUAGCGCUUGUUGCAUCCACCAAAAGGUCAAGCUUGGGGAAUGUUUGGCCAAGAAAUUAUAUUUAUUGGAUUACAGAAAUGGGGGCCUGUACGUGUUGAUGUCAAAUCUUUACGCAGUUACAGGGAGGUGGGAUGAUGUAUCAAGGGUGAGGGAGAUGAUGAGAGAUGGUGGAGGGGAUGGCAACUUAGGAAUUAGCCAAAUCGAGGCAACUUCAUGGGAAGAAAUGAAUUACAAACUUGCCCAAUAAUGCAUCUACUGCUAACAUAAAUUGCUGGCAACUUCAGAUUUCACAUGGAUUCCUUGAUCCCCAGCCCUGAUCUUCUCUCAGUAUUCAACCUCAUUUCAGAUCGAAUAUCAUGGGCUGUGUGUUUUGGAUGUAUGCAGACCAAUCUAACUCAUAUACAUUAAAAAGAUCAAUUCUUUUUCUUAGCCUUAAUACACUGCCUGCGCGCGCACAAAAUGAACAUUUCUUUAUAUUGAAUUGAAACCACUCGUCAUUUUCACCAUGAAGGCCAA